AUCGUCUUGUUAAGUUACCGUGAUGCGUAAUCUGAAGCACCACGAGCAGAAGUUACUUAAGAAAGUUGAUUUCUUAAACUGGAAGCAGGAUGCCAGUUUACGUGAAAUUAAAGUGAUGAGGAGGUAUCACUUGCAAGGCAGAGAUGAUUACAACAAAUACAACAGACUUUGUGGUUCUAUGAGGCAGAUGGCUCACAGAUUGAGUUUGCUAUCAGCUCAGGAUCCAUACAGACACCAAAUGGAAACCCAAUUGUUAGCGAAAGGAUAUGAGAUGGGACUAUUGAAUAUAGGAUCAAAAUUGAGUGAUGUAGAGAAGAUCACAGUCGCUAGUUUCUGUAGAAGAAGAUUGGCAGUUGUAUGCGUCAGAAAUAAGCUUUGUGAGAGCGUUAAGACGGCUACUCAAUAUAUUGAACAGGGCCAUUUACGCGUUGGUCCGGAUACUAUCACUGAUCCAGCAUUCUUAGUAACAAGAAAUAUGGAAGAUUUCGUUACCUGGGUAGACACAUCUAAGAUCAAGAGAACUGUCAUGAAUUACAAUGAUGAGCUUGAUGACUUUGAUCUCCUUUGAUUGUAUAGACACUGUAAUUU